AUGGGCGACUCCGCUUUCAAGACGAAGACGAUGAAGAGGAAGAAUGUGAAAGGCCUCGCUCUCAGUGCUCCUCCACCAAAGCCCGCGCCUUCGGCUGGUGACGCACAAGCACCCGGUGGCCUCGGCCAGGACGACCGCGCAGACACACUCGAGAUAGGUGUCGAAUUCCGCCUGGACUUGAAGGCAGAAGAUCUGAUUGUCCUCCGCGAGCUCGGAGCCGGCAAUGGCGGGACUGUGAGCAAGGUGCAGCAUGCCGCCACGAAAGUGGUAAUGGCAAGAAAGAUUAUACACGUCGAAGCAAAGAACGAGGUGCGCAAACGGAUUGUCCGCGAACUGCGCAUCAUGCACGACUGCAACUCCGAAUACAUUGUGGCUUUCUACGGUGCCUUCCAGAACGAGAGCGGGGAUGUGAUAAUGUGCAUGGAAUACAUGGAUGUGGGAUCCCUUGACUGGGUUUCCAAAACAUUUGGCCCCGUACGCGUCGAUGUCCUGGGCAAGAUCUCAGAAGCCGUGUUGGGCGGUCUCGCAUACCUCUACUCCGCGCACAAGAUCAUGCACCGCGAUUUGAAACCGUCGAACAUCCUCGUAAACUCAAAGGGGCAGAUCAAACUUUGCGAUUUUGGCGUAUCCAGCGAGUUGGAAGGUUCGAUAGCAGAGACCUUUGUCGGAACUGGAACAUACAUGGCACCCGAGCGUAUACAAGGAUCACCAUACACUGUAAAGUCAGAUGUCUGGAGUGUCGGUCUCACGCUGAUGGAGUUGGCAAUUGGCAAAUUCCCGUUUGGCGGCAGCGACGACGAUGGUGAUGGGCCCGGCGGACCGCAAGGUAUUCUCGACCUUCUGCAGCAGAUCGUUCUGGAGCCUGCGCCCAAGCUUCCCAAGAGUGACGCUUUCCCUGCAAUAUUGGAAGAUAUGAUCGCGAAAUGCUUGAUGAAGGAUCCAGCAGAGCGGCCAACACCGAAGGAACUCUACGAACACGAUGCAUUCCUCCAAGCCGCAAAACGCACACCAGUCGACCUCGAGGCAUGGGCCGUCAGCAUGAUCGAACACAACAAGCGCAAAUCCCACCUCGCACCCUCAGCACCCUCUUCCACCGUCCGGGAGAGGCUCCGCGAUGGCCCAGGCUCAGCGCCUCACACUCGCUCCGACUCCAACGGCUCUACAUCAGCACCUCCGCGACCUGCACACCCCUCCCGCACAUCCAGCGCAUCAAGUGGCCAGAACAUAAUGUCUCUGCCCAUCCGACCCGCGCCCCCACCAGGAGACAGACCCGGCUCGCAGCACCUGCGGGGCCCUCCAAACGGAGGCCCCGGGCUCCCCUGCAGGCCCGAAGCGGUGGAACAGCGAGAACCAGAUUUAAACUUUUGA